CCGGACUCAUUCUCGAAUAACCUAAUUCACACCGUCUACAAUUUCCGCCGGUUGAGACGGGGAAUAUCUUCUACGUUUGUAUAGCUCAUCGAAAAGAAUAUUAUCACGAUGCCUUUAAUUGAUUUGGGAGACUCAAUACCUCCUAAUACCGCUCACGCCGUGAGUGUGUCACUUCCCACAUGGAAAGCCAACAUAGGAUACGAGGAAGGCGAACAAUGGGUGCUCGGCACUAUGGUGACCGGCUACCCGAGAUUCUUCAUCCAUAAGAGCAUCCAAGCUUUUGCCCAUGACAUCCUAGCUAAGUACGGCACGGCUGAGCAGCAGGCCAUGCUAUUCCCAACCAAGAAGAUCGCAAACCGAUGUCUCAGCUUCAUCCGAGACAAGGCCCCGCAGUCCGCUCUAGCUAACCUUGACGUCCUUCACCUGGUUCUGGACCCGUCCAAGGACCCCUCAGAAGCGCUCCAGUCCACCGCGCCUUCUAUCUCGGCGAUCCUCUGUACCGCUGAGGCUUUCCCUUUCGCCAAGCAAUAUUGGCAGCACUCUGGUGACGGCGUUUCAAGCCGUCGUGCUGAGUUUUGCCACGGUCUAUUUAAAGAGGGCAUCUUAAUUCCCGAAAGAGAGGUGUCUUCACCCCGCCCGGCCCAGCAGAAGCUAUGUCGCGGUCCCAAAAGAUACCGACGAACAGCCUCCGUCGAUGAUACUGCCAACGGGGCGAAUUCAAACCGCCACUACCCGGUAACUCUGGAGGGCACAACCGACAACGACAUAACAGAUACUCUUGAAACCUCAAGAUUCUUGGAGGAGCGAUAUGGGAGAAAUCUUGACAUUUCCCUAGUUGCGAAUGCUAAAUCAGCCAUUCGACGCCGUAUCGCUGGCGUUCUAACUACUGACAUCGACCUGGAUAGCACUACUGCAUUCCCGACCAUGGACUCCAACGCCCGUGGGAUUUCGAAUUUCAAAGAGGACGAUAUAUAUCUCGUCCCAUGUGGCAUGAACGCUAUAUUCACAAGCCACCAAGCCCUUCUCAGGGCACGAGAACCUCAGAAGAGCGUCAACUUUGGUUUUCCGUAUGUAGACACUCUCAAGAUCUUGCAGAAAUUUGGCCCCGGCGCUAUCUUCUACGGCCGUGGCUCCUCUGCCGAUCUCGACGACUUGGAAAGCCGCUUAAAGAAUGGAGAGAGGUUGCUAGGCCUCUUUUGCGAGUUCCCCGGUAACCCAUUAUUAUCUUGUCCCGAUCUAGUACGUAUCCGGCGGCUAGCUGACACAUACGACUUUGCCGUCGUGGUGGACGAGACAGUCGGCACGUUCGUCAACGUCAAUGUCCUUCCUUUUGCCGACAUUGUAGUGAGCAGCCUCACCAAGAUAUUUUCUGGAGAUUGCAACGUCAUGGGCGGCAGCAUGAUCCUUAACCCCAAUAGUCGGUAUUAUAACUCGUUAAAAUCGGUCAUGAAUGCAGAGUUCGAGGACACAUACUGGGCCGAGGAUGUCAUUUUUAUGGAACGCAAUAGCCGCGAUUUCAAGUCCCGAAUUGACCGAGUCAACUCCAACGCUGAAGCUAUUUGUGACGUAUUGAACGCGCACCCGUUAGUCGCUAAAGUAUACUACCCCAAGUAUGUUGACACGCGAGCGAACUACGAGGUGUGUAAGCUGCCGACUGGUGGAUACGGCGGGUUACUAUCAUGCACGCUAAAGACCAAAGCACACGCCGUGGCCUUUCACGAUGCCCUCGAGACGGCCAAAGGUCCAAGUCUUGGCACGAAUUUCACCUUGACAUCGCCAUACGUCGUCCUAGCACAUUAUCAAGAGCUGGACUGGGCCGCUAGCUUUGGCGUCAACCCGGACCUACUCCGGAUCAGUGUCGGGUUAGAAGAUGAUUUAGCAGCCGUCUUCACGAAGGCACUUAAGGCGGCUGAGUUGGUUCAAGUGAGCGAAUAGAUAAGUGAAUAGACGAGGAAGACUCGAUUCAUAGAGAAGAGCGAAAGAAAACGAGAAUAAGACUGAUACCAUCCAUCAUAGCGAUAGAUCUAUUAAAUAUAGCAAAAUUAUUUAGCAUGAUGAUCGAUCUGGUACUCCCUUUUCCUUCCCUGUCUUCCCUUCACGACCUCACCGCCGAUCACAAAUAACAGGCCACGACUAGAAUCGUGAUGUAUCCUGAUCGAACAUUUAUCUAUUAUAACUCCGAAUCAACUACCGCUAUAAUCGAUCGUCUUGCGCUUUGUGCGAUAUACUCCAUUCUAUGAUUAUCAU